AUGAAGUUUUCACAUUCAUUACAGUUCAACGCUGUUCCAGAAUGGUCUUCAAAGUAUAUAGCAUAUACGACCUUAAAGAAGUUAAUCUACUCGCUUCAAAGAGAUAGUUUAAAACCUGAAAGGAGCGACUUGGAGUCAGCUCAUCUUAUUACCAACGAAAGCCGUGCAGACCAGGAUCCUUCCACGGUAUUUUUAGCAGCUCUAGAUGCAGAAUUGACGAAGGUGGAUGACUUUUAUCAGGUCCAAGAGUCAUUUAUUUUUAAAGGUAUCGAGGAAUUAAUCGUUGAUAUUGAAAACUUCGAAGCAGAACUUGAUGGAGUUAAUUUUAGCAAGCCUGGGGCCUUUGGAAGCUUUUCGCUAAAUCGGAAGAAGCUGAAUGGUAGCGGGGGUGGAGGUGGAGGUGUUGCGCCUUCGGACACCUCAUUUGAGCAUUACCAGACCGAUACUGAUCGUGAAGCUCAGGAGGAAGAUGAAAAUGACGACGAGGAAUCAGAAGAAGAAAGAGGCCGUCUGAAGAAUGGACCGUUAAAGCAUACAAAAUCCAUUGAUCAUUAUUUGAAAUCACCAAAGACUCCAGACGUUUGGAAUAAUUUGAACAAUUAUACCUCCAAUUUACCACCUCAAUUACUCAUCCUUUCUGAAAAUAGGGUUAUUUUAAGGAAAAGAAUUAUUGGAUUAUUUACAACUUUAUCCGAAUUGAAGUCUUAUAUAGAAUUGAAUCAAACAGGGUUUAAGAAAGCAUUAAAGAAAUUUGACAAAUCCUUAAACACCAAUUUAAAGGAUGGUUACUUAAAUGAUUUGCCUCAAAGAACAUAUAUAUUCCAAGACACUACUAUUGCAAAAGUCGAGGAUAACAUUAAUUCGUUAAUUAAGUUAUAUGCAUUGAUAUGUAAUCAUGGAAAUGAUUUAGAGGCUGCCAAAUCAGAGUUAUCAAUUCACUUAAGAGAGCAUGUUAUUUGGGAAAGAAAUACUAUCUGGAGAGACAUGAUUGGUUUAGAAAGAAAGACAUAUGCUGCUAACUCGAAAGUAUCAAAUUCUGAAAAUACUAAAAAUGAGAAGUCUACUGGUCAUAUAUCAUCUAGUUUUAAUAUUUCGUUCAAGAAUCCUAUGAUUGCAAAAUUGAUACUAAUCGUAUCAAUAACUUUGGUUUUAUUGAAUUUUUCUCCAUUUGAUGACUCACAACAGAAGAAUUGUUUUGCAUUAUUGAUAUGUGCUUCGUUACUCUGGGCAACUGAAACUAUUCCUUUGUUUGUAACAUCACUUUUAAUACCUAUCUUAAUUGUGGUAUUGCAAGUAUUGAAGAACGAUGAUGGUUCAUUAAUGGAUUCAGUAUCUUCAUCUAAAUUUAUUUUGUCGACAAUGUGGAACUCAGUUAUCUUAUUAUUAUUAGGGGGUUUUACUUUAGCAGCAGCCUUAUCAAAAUAUCAUAUCGCCAAAGUAAUUUCGACCUGGAUUUUAUCAAAGGCUGGUACGAACCCGUCUGUUGUUUUAUUGACAAUUAUGGGUGUUGCCUUAUUUGCAUCAAUGUGGGUAUCUAACGUUGCAGCUCCUGUGUUAUGUUUCUCGUUAAUUCAACCUAUUUUACGUACGUUACCUAAAGGAUCUCAAUUUAUAAAUGCAUUGAUUUUGGGAAUUGCAUUAGCUUCAAAUAUUGGUGGAAUGGCUUCACCAAUUGCUUCCCCUCAAAAUAUGAUUGCAAUUGGCUCAAUGGAGCCUCAGCCAUCAUGGGGACAAUGGUUCGUUAUUGCAUUACCAAUAUGUAUUAUUUCCCUUUUCGCCGUGUGGGUAUUUUUAUUACUUACAUUUAAUUGUAAUUCAAAGAAUACGCAAUUGGUGAGUAUCAGAACUAUUGAUGAUAAAUUCACUGGUAUUCAAUGGUACAUCAUAGGUGUUACGAUGUUUACUAUAUUUUUAUGGUGUAUUGCAUCAAAAUUGGAAGGCAUAUUCGGUGAGAUGGGGAUAAUAGCCUUAAUUCCAUUAAUAUUGUUCUUUGGACCUGGAUUAUUAACAACCGAAGAUUUUAAUAAUUACCCAUGGAAUAUAGUUGUAUUAGCGAUGGGUGGGACUGCUUUAGGUAAGGCGGUUGCAUCUUCAGGCCUUCUAGCAACCAUAGCUGUGACGAUAAAGAAACAAGUUGAAGAUUUUUCAUUAUUUGGUGUAACAUUAACGUUUGGUAUUUUGAUCUUGACCAUGGCUACUUUUGUUUCUCAUACAGUGGCUGCGUUAAUUAUAAUUCCUUUAGUUUCAGAAAUAGGUAAUGACUUACCCGAGCCACAUCCAAGGUUAUUAAUUAUGGCAAGUGCUUUAUUAUGUUCCGCAGCCAUGGGUUUACCUACGUCAGGAUUUCCUAAUGUUACUGCCAUUUGCAUGACAGAUGAAUUUGGUAAGCCUUAUUUGACUGUUGGUACAUUUAUCUCAAGAGGUGUUCCAAGUUCAGUAAUCGUUUAUUUUAUUACUGUUACGAUUGGUUAUGCAACUAUGAGGAUAAUUAAUUUCUAG